AUGUCAUAUGUCCAACCUAGGGAGGUUGGUGAUCGCAAAAAAAUGGUGGCACACAAUGAUUUCGGCAUGAACCAUGGCAGAAAUAAUCACCUGGGCACGCCUGAUGUGCGAUCAGAUAAUAAUGUGCCAUAUCCACGCAGUAGACGAAGAGUUGAUGUGGAUGGUCAAUAUCGGGACCAUGAUCAUGGGCCACAUGUUGGCUCGCCUUCCAUGCAUUCCUCUGUAGAACGUGAUAGAGCUGUUGAUCGAGGAGACAGCGAUAGUAUACGUGGUAGCACGAGCACCAAUAGCAACGGUAGAAGUCCCAUGCAUUACGGUUACCGCCAGAGAAGUGCAAGCACUUAUUCAUAUGAUAGUAGGAGCUAUAAAGGCAGUGCAUCAUCAUCUGUAGGUGAAGAUAGAAGCGAUGUUUACAGAUGGGAUGAUGAUAUGAACGGAUAUGGAAAUCACAGCCCAGGAGGGGGGAGUAUGUAUCCUCGACGACAGGAUUCUAACAGCUGCAUUAGGGGGAUGGACAGAAGAUUAGAAUAUGAGAGGGAUCGCAACAUGAGGGUGUCAGAAAGUUUUCGGGGGGCACAUGGACGGUCUCCCGAGCUAAGAGAGCGGCACCGAAGUAAUGAUAGCCAGCGUCGUAUGAAACGGGAUGGCUCUCGUUCAUUGGGCCCUUCGAAUCAUAGCAAGGAGAGGGUCACGACUAGAAGGCUAAGGUUCAGUGACCAACAUAGCCCCGCAAGGGAUGGUGGCUCGUAUCGCAAAAGUAGACGCCCAAACAGGAGAAACAGUGAUUCCGCAAAAUCAGUAUCAUCCUGUACUUCUGAAAGUUCCGGUCGAGAAAGUCGAAGAUCUAAGUCUCGAAAACCAAAGAAAGAAUACAAUAAUAAUGAAGAUAAGGGCUUAGACAGUUGGAAAGGUUUCCCUCGUCCGCGAAAAUAUAAAGGACGAGAAACAUACUACGAUGCUAAAGCUGAUCCAACCAAACUGUAUGAUCUUAAGUGGCCUGUUAUGUCAAAGAAUGGUCCGAAACUUUCGCGGUAUCAUGCAUACGAUAUCGUUAAGGAAGUUCAUAAAUGGGACGAUAAAAUACGUGAGGUUUGGAGGAAACAGAUGGUGAAACUGAUAGCAGCUAAUUCCGAUUAUGCCAAGACUUUGAUGGUGAAAAGUGAGAAACCGUCAUAA